AUGUUUAUCCAGCGUUCGGGUUGGUUGGCUGCGGCCACAUUGUCGCUCCUCUUAUCCUCCUCCAAUGCUCAAACCAUCACCGUUGAUGGUGAAACCAUCAAAGCGGACGAGUCUAAUGUCGCCCCAGCGGCGAAUGUUUCUUCGGCGACAUCUGAACAGAGCUUUGACAACGUCCAAUUGACCGAGGACGUGUUGGCUAAUCUCACGGAUAUCAAGCUCAGCAACGUUUCACUCUUCUACUUCGAUGAUGACUCUGCUGUCGAGAAACGGGCCGUCGGUUCGAAGUGCAAGACCAUGCCUGGCGAUCUUCUCUACCCCAGCCGCAUCGUUUGGAAGGUCUUGGACAUUCUCAGUGGCGGGGCGUUGAUUCAGACGGUGCCUCUUGGUUCUGCCUGCUACGACGGCGAGCAUUACGACGAGGCGAAGUGCAAGUUCCUCAUCGACAAUUGGAACAAAUCUGACACUCACGUCGUGGAUCCCUCGUCAGUUAUGUCCCCUCUCUACGAGGGAGCAACCUGUGAGCCCCAGGGCGCUUCUCUCGGCAAGAACUGCACGCUUGGAGCGUUCCCUACUUACUCCCUCAACAUCACAAACGUGGCUCAGAUCCAGUUGGCCAUCAACUUUGCCCGGAACGCGAACCUGCGUCUCGUUGUCCGCAAUACUGGCCACGAUUUCCUUGGCAAGAACACUGGAGAGGGCGCUCUGUCACUCUGGACGCACCAUCUUAACAAAAUCGAGGUUCUUCGUGAUUACAAGUCCGCUGGAGGUCGCUACAAGGGGCCAGCUUUCAAGGUUGGAGCUGGUGUCGUGGUUCACGAGCUCUACGAGGCUGCGGAGCGUGAAGGCUUCACCGCUGUUGGAGGCGAGUGUCGUACUGUCGGUGUAGCCGGUGGUUACGCGGUUGGCGGUGGUCACUCUCCUGUGACCCCCAUGCAUGGCCUUGCUUCGGACCAGAUUCUCAGUGUUGACAUCGUCACUCCCGAUGGCCGCUUUAUCACCGCCGAUGAGACGCAAAACAAGGACCUCUUCUGGGCCCUCCGUGGUGGCGGUCCUGCCACCUGGGGUGUUGUCACCUCCAUCACGGUCAAGGUCCACGAGAAGACGGUCUUCUCUGGCAUGACCUUUGUAACAACUACCAAGGACAUGAACAUCACCGACGACACCUUCUGGAAGGCCAUUGAAGCUUACUGGCGACGCUACCCUGAGUUCUCCGCUGCCAAGAGCUACGGCUACUGCCGAAUGUCGGGACUCGUGGGUGGAGGCUAUGCCUGGAGAUGCUUGCCUUUCAUGGUCCCCGGAAUGAAGCUUACUGACUUCAAGAAGCUUGUCCAACCACUGCUGGAUGAAUGGACUGCACUCGGUGUCGAUCCUAAGGUCGAAUUCUUCGAGCAUGACGGUCUUUAUGAUGCUUGGACUCGUCACUUUCCCACCUCCGUCGUCGGUAACGCUUAUGCGCGAACGGGUUCUCGUCUCAUACCUCGCAAGAACUGGGAAGACCCGGAGCUUCUCAACAAAACGAUCCAAACAGUUCGCUCAAUUGUCGAGGAUGGCGCGUUCCUGGUUCACUACAACAUCAACGCCGAUGAGCCCGAGAACACGGCAGAGAGCUCUGUUAACCCGGCUUGGCGUGAUGUCAUGAUGUUCAACAUCAUCGGUCUGAUCUGGGAUAAAGACACACCCGAGGCUGAGGUGGCUGCCCUUCACGAUAAGCUCACCAACGACCUUGUCCAGAGGAUGAAGGAUAUCAGCCCCGGUUCUGGCGCCUACCUGAACGAAGCUGACGUGAUGGACCCCGAGUUUGGUCAGUCAUUCUUUGGAUCCAACUACGCACGUCUGUCCCAGAUCAAGAAAAAGAUUGACCCCAAGAAUGUCUUCUGGGCUCCGACUGCUGUGGGCAGCGAGAACCUGUAUAUCACCGGCCAGGAAGACUAUGUGACAAAGCAGACAGGCCGCCUUUGUUACAAGAACUGAGUGCCACGGCCUAUACACAGCUACUAGGCAGUAGUGCACUGAAAUGCCAGCCUCCGAUAACUGUAAUGAUAGAUGUUAGAUGGAGACCGGAUUUACGUAAUCUUCUGAUGUACCGAUAUUUUACCUGGUCAGGGAAGUGGGAUUGACCUAGAAGAGCUUCUCAAAGACACGAGUAGUUAGAGGCAUCCAAGACCAAUACAAUCAC